CAAGUGGUCGUAGCGCAAUUCAGCCAAGAUGAUCUUGAACUUGAAGAAUGAAGCCUUUUGCUCUUUCACCUUCUACUCUGUGCUCCUGCUUAUUAAGAUGUUCGCUGUGGCAAUCCUCACGGGGCAAGUCAGGCUUCGCAAACAGGCUUUCGCCAAUCCUGAGGAUGCCCUGAGGCACGGAGGUCUGAAGUUUUGCCGAACCGACCUAAAUGUGGAGCGCUGCCGGAGGGCUCACCGCAAUGACAUGGAAUGCAUCUACCCGUUCCUCUUCCUGGGUGUCGUGUACUGCCUCUUGGAUCCCAGCCCGUCCAUUGCGCGGAUCCACUUCCGCACCUUCUUCCUGGCCAGGAUGGUGCACACUGUGGCCUACCUGUUUGCGCUGAAGGCUCCCACCAGAUCGCUGGCCUACACCGUCGGGCAGAUCCCCUGCUUCUCCAUGGCGCUGAAGAUCCUGAUCAACGUUGCCGCCUACUGGUGACGGGGGAGAGCGCGAGGCAUUUGGGCUGGCAUUCAGCAUGUUACCAGCUUUGGCUUGAUGUGAUGGUACAGAGGCUUUGACCAAAGAGACAAACACUGAACUCAAAGACUUCUCCAACGAGUUUCCACUAACCCAAGCCCGACUAUGGGCCGUCCGUCGUGUUUACACUGGGAGUUUACACCUUUUAGGCUGGACUGUGAUGCUUCUCAUGUUCGAAUAGUCACCCCGGUUCACACUCAAACAUAUAGCCCUUCAGCAGGAAGCAGGCCCUUCAGCCCACCAAUUCUGUGCUAGCCAUUAAAUACUCACUAAAUCCAUUUUCCAGUUCUCAGAUUAUAGUCUCAAAUCCUCAUCUAAACCUUAAAUUUCAAAGGUGUCCCUGCCUCCAUGUCCCCCUCAGGUAGCGUCCUCCAGAUUUCAACCAUCCUCCAGAUGAAAAAGAUCUUCCUCAAGUCCCAUCUAUACCUCCUUGCUCUAAACUUGUGCCUUCUGCUGAAAAACACCACAGCUAGGGGUAAAGUGCCUCACUAUCAAAAACCCUCAUAAGUUUGUAUACCUCCAGCAAGUCCCCUCCCUCCUCCACUGCAAGGAAAGCAAACGCAGCCUCUCCAGUGAAAGUCACACAAAAAAAAUCUGCAGAUGCCAGAAAUCCAAAGUAAGAUCAGAAAAUGCGGUAAAAUACUCAGCAGGUCGGGCAGCAUCUGUGGGAAGAGAAACAGAGUUCAUGUUUCAGGUCAGACAACCUUCCUGAGUUCUGAUGACAGGUCUCUGACCUGAAACUUCAACUGCUUCCCUGCCCAUGGAUGGAGCAUGAGCCGUUCUGUGUUUCCAGCCAAUCCCACCUGUCCUUGUAACUGAAGGACUCCAUCCCAGACAGUGUGCUGGUGAAUCUCCACUGCACCCUCCCCAGUGCAGUUGGGUCUUGGGGUUCAAGGUAGCACAGAGAAUUUUUUAAACCUUUUACCUUUAAGAAAUAAACACACACUUUUGUUGUUUUUUUGGGGUGGCACGGUAGUGUAACAGUUAGUGCGACGCUAUUACAGCACCAGCGAUCAGGGUUCGAUUCCCGUCACUGUCUGUACGGAGUUUGUAUGUUUUCCCGUGUCUGCGUGGGUUUCCUCCAGGUGCUCCAGAUUCCUCCCACAUUGCAAAGGCGUACGGGUAGGUUAAUUGGGUUUAAGAUGGGUGGCGCGGACUCGUUGGGCCGGAAGGGCCUGUUACCACGCUGUAAGUAAAAUUUAAAUUUUAAAAAAUUAGAGGCGGAGAGGUUUAGGAGGGAAUUCUGGAGCUCAGGGCCCAGCUAGCUGAAGGCACAGGCUGGGCAGCUGGUGUGUACUGGGCAACAGGUGAAUGUUAAUAAAGAGGAUAUUUCCCCCUCUUCUGGUUUCGUAGUUUAUUCUCUUGACUGGAGUGUCCAACUCAAUGGAGAUCAGGUGGGUUUGGUCUGUCAGAGCCCACCGGAAGCUGCGGAGUGAGAAUCCCACAGGAUCGGAAAGAACGAUGGGUCACUCUCAGUCAAAAGUAUUGAUGUUCCCUGACUCCUUGGGGAAGUAAAAUAAGGGCUUGGGGUAAAUUUAACACCAUGAACCCCUAGCAGGUGGAUCUAGGUUAAAAUUACACCCCCUCCUGCCCAGCAGACACUAAGUUCACUGCAGACAUGGCAAGUACUGCAGACAGAGUGUUCAACUGUAUUAAUUCAGUGUUAUUGUUGUUUAAAACAUGUUAGCUACUUAUUGAGACACACAACUUCACUGUGUCACGUUUGGAAAUAUUUGACUAUUUAUUUAUUGUUGUUAAUAUUUUGUUCACAAAAGUUGAGUAUAACAUGUUGGACUAUUGUAUUAUUAUGU